AUGUCGUCGUCCAUGGCGCAGCGGCUGAAGGGCAAGACGAUAGUCAUUACCGGCGCGAGCUCGGGCAUUGGCAAGAGCGUGGCCCUGGAAUUUGCGCGCACGCAGCCCGAGGACUUGAAGCUGGUUAUUACGGCGCGGAGGAUCGACACCCUGAAGGAGGUGGCCAAGGAGAUUGAGGGGUUUGCAAAGGGCGUGAAGGUACACCCCGUCAAGCUGGACGUCAGCAAGCCGGACGAGAUACAGGGCUUCGUGGGCCAGCUGCCGGACGAGUUCAAGGAGGUCGAUGUGCUGGUCAACAACGCCGGCCUCGUCAAAGGCGUCGCCCAAGCCCCAAACAUUGCCGCCGAAGACAUUGCCGUCAUGUUCGACACCAACGUCACCGGCCUGAUUAACAUGACGCAGGCCAUCCUGCCCAUCUUCAAAGCCCGCUCCGACGGUGGUCGCGGCGACAUCAUCAACAUCGGGUCCAUCGCCGGCCGCGAGCCCUAUCAGGGCGGCAGCAUCUACUGCGCCACCAAGGCCGCCGUGCGCUCCUUUACCGAGUCUCUGCGCAAGGAGCUCAUCGCGACCCGCAUCCGCGUCAUCGAGAUCGAUCCCGGGCAGGUCGAGACCGAGUUCAGCGUCGUGCGCUUCUAUGGCGACAAGGACAAGGCAAAGAAGGUGUAUGAGGGCGUGGAGCCACUGACGGGCGAUGACAUUGCCGAGGUGGUGGUUUUCGCCGCGGGGCGGAGGGAGAAUGUGGUGCUGGCGGACACGCUGGUGUAUCCGAACCAUCAGGCAGCGGCCACCGUCAUGCACCGAAAGACGGCGUAG